AUGUCCAACGUCAAUGCCAGUAAGGCAAACCUGACCAAAGCGGUCGCUGACUGGGAAAUUGCUAAAGGUAAGAUACCGGCCUCCAUACUCCAGCCAGUUGACGUACAAAAUAGCGGCUCGCUACAAAUGCUUGAGGCACGUCAAGCAACCAUCAAAGUUUAUUUAGCGCAAGUUCGUGUGGCGUUAACUACGCUUUCCGAAAGCCGCCAAGCAUUUCUUAGCGUAGUCAAAGACUCAAGUGUUCCGGACGAAGAAAAUGACGCGCACACAACGCGCGCGCAAGAGACCCGCGUAGAUGCCGCCAUCACGGCAGCUGAAUCAAUUAUGUCUUCUCUUAGCGCACGUUAUAAUGAAGUUAAAGCGCUCAUUGACACUAAUCAACGCUCAUUACUUUCAGAUACAUUGUCGUGCGGAAGUACUCGUAGCCAAGAACAAACUCGAGAAGUCACGCCGACGGUGUCUACUGCAAGUGACAACGUUCGCACCUUCGUGCUACCGCAGCGCUCGAGCGACCCAUCAUGUGCACCGCCCUAUUACACCCCAUAUCACCCCGUAGGGCCGGUUGGACCCUCGUCCUCCAUUCUACCAGCGCACUCUGUUAUACAACUGGGCAAGCUCACACUGGAACCCUUCACUGGGGACAUCACCAAAUUCCAUCGUUUUUGGAGCGCAUUUGAGCUUGCGGUACACAACGAUCCAAAUACGCCACCGGCCUAUAAAUUCUUGUAUCUGCAAGGUUUACUCCAAGGCGAAGCUCCAGGUAGUACUGCAGGAUCUUGA